AUGCAAUGGCAUGAUUCAUCGUUACGAAGUUAUUUUUUGCAUUCACUAAAUAUUGAUGUGAAACAGGCUGCAAUCCGCAAUUCAGGUCUCCCUGUAUUUGCACAGCAACUUGAAGAAAGUCGUAGUUCUUACAGGUCUAUUAUCUGUCAUCGAGCUCCUCCAAGAUCGGUAACUAUUGAUUCGCUGGCCGUUCCACCAGCUCAGUUUGACUGGAAUCAUUUUGGUCUAACAAAUCCUCUGAAAACAGAAUGUGCUGUCUCUUCUGCAUUACUCGAUUUGGAUUUUCUGGCAUCGACGAGUACUUCUGGUACUACAAGUAGUGGAGAACUGAUAAAAGUACUGAAUUGCUUAUUGAAAAAUAGCGAUAAAGAACGGAAGUACACACCAGUGAGCGAACUUUCUCUCGAUGCUCGAGCUCUCCAUGAUCAAUUGCCAGACCUUGACUACAUGUUAUCUAAUGUUUUGCUUUUCCCGGUCAUAAAUCGUUGA